UAAAAAUGGAAAGUGCACAACCAGAUACAGUUAAAGAAGGGGUUAAAGAAUACUACGGCAAGACUUUAUCAAAGACAGAAGACUUAAAAACUGAUGCUUGCUGUCCAAAAGGAAAGGGGCUCUAUAAGUCAGCUAGAGAAGCAGUUAAGGAAGUGCAUAAUGAUGUUAUUAUCAAGUAUUAUGGAUGCGGAAACCCAAUCCCUGAAUGUUUAGCAGGAGCAACUGUUCUUGACUUAGGGUCUGGAAGUGGCAGAGAUGUCUAUAUUUGCUCCAAACUUGUAGGAGAAUCUGGAAAAGUCAUUGGGAUUGAUAUGACUGAUGAGCAAAUCCAGGUCGCUAAGGACUUCCAGGACUAUCAUGCUGAGAAAUUUGGAUACUCAAAUACAGAGUUUAUUCAAGGCUACAUCGAAGACUUCACCGACUCAGGAAAUGUAGCAGAAGGCUCAGUAGAUGUAGUCAUCUCCAAUUGUGUAGUAAAUCUCUCUCCAAAUAAAGACAAAGUAUUUAGACAAGUAUGGAAAGCUCUUAAAGAAGGUGGAGAACUCUAUUUCAGUGAUAUAUAUUCUGAUAGAAGAGUCCCUCAAGAACUCCAAGACAACAAGGAACUUUGGGGAGAAUGUCUCUCAGGAGCUCUUUACUUCGAAGACUUUAGAAGGCUCAUGAAAGAGAUUGGUUUCACUGAUUUGAGAGUGAUUUCACAGAGUGAGGUUAAAAAUACAGCAGGCUAUGAUCUUGCUCCAAAGUUCUACUCUAUCACUAUAAGAGCCUUCAAGAUUUCAUCUCUUGAAGACAGGUCAGAGAAUUAUGGAAAUAUUGCAACCUACAAGAGUGGAAUCCCUGACUUUGGAUGCAAAUUCGAGUUUGACCAAAACUAUACUUUCUGCAAGAAUAAAGAAGUCUCUGUGUGUAAGAAUACUGCAGAAAUUUUGAGAAAAUCGAGGUACGCUCCUUUCUUUGAGGUAACUGAAGAUGGCUAUCAUCAAGGUCUUCAUGAAAAGCAGAGCUUCCAGAUUUCAACAGCAGCUGAUGCUAAAGAAGGUUGAUGCGUUCCGAAAGAAGGAGCAGGAAGCUCAGGAUGCUGUUAGAUUGAUUUAUAAAUAUUAAAUACCAACUAUAUU